AUACAAGUACUGUGUGUACAUGAAUUAAUCGCAUCACACAACAUACGGAUACGCCAUGACGUCGUGUGCAUUCGACACCCUAGUUAGCGUACGCGCUCUGCGGUGUUAGAUAAACUGUGGUGUGCAUACGCCCUUCACUGCAGCUUUCAUAUUUUUCCCCUCCAAAAUCAGGCACGACCCCAUAAAGGUAUUCUUUCGUGGUGAGAACACAUAAAUGGAUACACGCGUCCGUGUUAUAACAUAAAGAGGUGCACAACCGUGGUUAUAAACUAUAGUGGUGUACAACCGUGCUCUCAACACAAAAACAUUUCUCGUUAUAACACGUUGAGGUAUACAACUGUGCAGCAUAGAGGUAUUAACCCUAAUAAAUACGACACAUAGGUGUACAAUUACAAGUCACAGUCUCUACAUACAUUCGUAGUUAUAACACAUUGAGGUAAUAUCUAUUCAUUAUAAUUACACCAUGAGCACGCCGUACGGAAGUAUGGCUCCUGCAGGCCCAGAGCAUCAGCAGAUACUCUUCGACAUGGCUGAGUACUUCGAAUCAGGCCAACACUACACUCAAGUGGCACAGUGUCUGGAAGCAGGCCUUCUAGUACCGUGUGCACCGCGUGUGGAGAUGUGCGCUCAAAUGCGCCUGGGCAAGCUGUAUGCCAGGUACGCUGAAGAUAGCGCGGACCGGGCGCUGGACGCGCUCCAACGCGCGUGGUUGCUUGCCGGGUGUGUUUCGGGUAUGGAUGAUGUAAAGGCAGAUGUACUGUGCACGCUGUGUGAGGUGCUCGUACGCGUAGGUGAUACGCAUCAAGCCACAAGUAGACUGAGAGCGGCCCUGGCAGUGUGCCCACCUGUGCAUACGAGCGCGUAUUUCCGCAUGACUCUAUUGCUGGUGCGUGUGAAAGGCGAACAGGGAGAUAUGGACGGUGCUUUGAGUCUCAUAGGCGGCGCAAAAUUGAGUGCCAUGUCUGCCGGGUUGGCAGAGAUUGAGCUGUUGCUGAGCUUCUCUGAGGUGCACAUUGCACUCACGGCUGGAAAUCUCACCGCAACAAAAGCCUUGUUACAGCCCAUCCAGCAACGAUUAGGAGAAUUCGAGCAGAAGCACGCGCAAGACAAGCAGGCACGCGUGGAGAGCAUACCGUGGUUGGUGGUGAGUCAUACCCACUACUCGUUGCUAAAGGCAACUUAUAUGCUGCAGUCGGCGUCCUACGAAGAUGCAGUGAAGACCUUAGCGGCGCUGCAGAACAAUGUCAAGCGACUACAGGCCCUAGGAAUUGCGAAGUGCUCUAGAGCUUUCGACUGUGGGUGGUUAGAGCCCCCAGCACUUAUCGGAGUAUCUCUUGUUGUGGCUGUGGCACUCGAGGUGACAAUGGGGAAACUGAUCAAAGCAUGCAAACACGGCCACUCUGCGCUAGCAUACUUUCAAGCACUAAGCACGUCGCCGAUGACCGAUACCGGCCAAGAGCCCAUACUGGACGUGAACGGGCGUGACAGGAGGACCGUAAGGGCAUGUAUGUUCGUGCUCUUGGAGUGUCUGACAUCAGCCACAAUUAUACAACGGGAUUUGCUUCAAGCUCAACAGCACUUGAUAGUGCUGACUAAUCUAUGCGAUCAGCGUCCGGAGCGAUUUGCUGCCCUACACUCGCUUAUAUCACAAUAUCUGUACGUAUGUGGCGACCAACCGGCGGCUCUGAUGCAUAUGCAGCGAGCGUCUCGGGACGGGAUCGACCUGGAAUAUCAAACACUCAUAGCUAUGCAGGUAGUCGCUCUGUCCACCGUGCCAUACUUACCGCGAGAGAUGCGUUCCAAUUCGGACGUUCACAUUGGACUAAGCUUCGCGGAAGAGUCCCGGAGACAGCUCAAAGCCCUCCCACGUAUACAGCUGCAGCGACGGUCUAAUGCACUGGAAGCUGUCGAGUCGCUCGUGAACGGUAUUGUCUCUAAUAUCAACAUAAGACAUCUACAAGAAGCGCGAGACCUCUACAAACAAUGCCUGCGGGUAUCCAGGAGAUGCAAACUACAACGAUUGACGGUCCAGGCUAUGAUCCGUAUAUCAGCCAUCUCGGAAGCACUGGGCGAUAAUCCCAAGACUGUCCAGGAUACCGCGAGUUCGUCUUUGUCCGUGGCCAACAAAAUGGGUGACGUAGAGCUUUCUAUAGAGGCCUUCAAGUGUCUGGAGAAUGCUUCAAAUCGCAUAUCGGAUGUUUCGGAUGAACCACUGGCCGCGUAUACUCAGAGCAUUGCCGCUUUGAUUGAGAAGCAUAGAAGUGCGGUUAGCAGUGCCCUGGCCCAUACAGAGCGACAUCGACUACUGCACAGCUGGGAUUUAACAUAAAGCUUCACAUAAUAAAUCAAAAUAGUAUUUCCCUCAUACACCUGCGCGUUCGUACUGAUUGUCUAGCCGUUUAUAUCAAAAUGUUGAUUGUAUGAGAGCGCACAAGUUAAGGAAUG